CUGGUGUCGUUUGGAUCCUAUUGAGAGUUUAGAAGGGAAGGGCAGAGUCCUCAGUGUUAUAAAUACCUGUCUGCGUCGUUCAAGGAGAGCAGCACAUCACAAAAUAUCAUAGUCAACCACUACUCUCUGCACUGUAGUUACUUUCUUCGGCGCUGGGUCAGCAUAUCUAAUCCCGUUGUAACAAAGACAGCAAGGGGAAGAGACGAUGGCAGGGAAGAGAACAUCCGCUUCUUUGACGGCUGAUGAGAUUGAUUGCCAGAAGGAGCCAAGCCUCAGCGGCAAGUCGUCGUCGUCCGGAUACUUCAGCACCGUCUUCCCUCCCACUUCGACGGUUAUGGCUAAGGGUUUAUCACAGUUGGACUUGUACUGGACUUUGAACAAACAAAGCACUGACACUAACACUGGGAGCGCUCAGAGAAAGACUACAGAAAACCAAAAGAAGGGCAGUAGUAGUCGAAGUAAAAGCAUCAAGGAGGGGAUAUAUCCUUCUGAGUCGACAGAAUUGGCCUAUUUCGGGUCAUCUGUGCACUAUGGUGCUCGAGAUUUCUAUGCAGCCUCUUCAGCCACCAACACUUCUGUGAAUCCUAUAAAUCAUUAUAAGACUUAUGGGGAGGAUGACUCGGGCAAUUCCAACGUUGCUACAAGAGGUGAAUGGUGGCAAGGUUCGCUUUACUAUUAAAGAUGUUAUUCAGAGGAGCAUCGAACACGGGUACAUCUGAUGGUAAAUCGUUUCUGUUCGGGAAUACAACAAUGGUGCAGUUCAUCCUGGACAUCAGAUUAAAUUAAGCAUAUAUAAGUUUGCGCUUUCUUUGACAUGUUUCUUCCUUAGUGUGUCUGUACGGCGAAGGGCAUAAAUUACAUUAUGUCACCUCCAAUUUAGUUGUAGUAGGCUGGAAGGUCAGGAAGUUAUGUACUGUAUGCUUUUGAUAUAGAAUAUUAUAAUAUGUUCUGACGGAGACUAUCA